GAGACGGCAUUCCGGAGGCGCUGAACUGGACCUUUGUUUGUAAAACACGGUUACUAUUUCAAACUAUUCCAUUUUCGGUCGUUCCAACAGAAAAUGGAAGACGACGAUCUUCCGAAUGAAUGUAGUCUAAUGAGUGAAGCUUUUUUGUCAAUAUGAAAAAUUCAAUCUGGUACUCACAAACGUUCUGAAAAGAUAUGAAAUUGAGAUCACGCUCGAAGAUGAUUCCGAAGGUCGCGUGAGUUUUCGAAGAUAAGAAAGCAUAUUCUCAAUUCGAAAUUUCGUUUUUUUCCGAGUGUCUGCUGGGAUAAUUUAUUGAAAUAUUUCUCCAACAUCUAGAAUCGGGUGAUGGUUUUUUUUUUUCAACGAAGGGUAGAUUUUUGUGUAUUGAUGACGAUUUGUUUCAUCAGUGUUCUUAGUUGAUAGAUUCAUUUCAUGCUGACGUUUAUAUAAAAAAAAUGUGCGUGGAUGUUUGGACGCACUAUGCUGGUAUAGUUAUCGUAACUGCAAGAUCCAUAAUAAACGUGUCCACUCCGAAUAAUCGCUGAAAUUUUCAUCUGAACUAUGGAUGAUUUGGUUUCCGAUAAUAAGUUUCAUAAAAAAAAAAUCACCUCUCACUCAUCGCUGUUUUCGAAGUUGGAAGAAAAUGAGAAUUUAACAAUCUGCGAAAAGGCGACGUCUGCCGAGCGAAAAAUCGUGAACGUCGCUCAAUUGAUCGAUACCAAAUUGUGCAAAAAAGAAAAAUUUUUCAGUCUCGAAAUACUUUUGAAUAAAAAAUACAAUGAUGACCUUUACAAAAGAUUUCUUUUGGAAAUCAGUGGAAUCCAUCCUCGUCCGUUGUUUUUUACGACGGCGUGGCGGGAAGGAUAUUCGAGCGGAAUAAAUUCGACUUAUUCGCCUCUCGAAAUGUUGCGCAUUCUUCCCAGCACUACGUUAUUGCACAUGCUCGCAAAUGAUUUGAAGGAGAGCGAAGUUCGAAAAAUUUUGGACGAUGCCUUGGUGCGUGGAGUUACUAAUAUUUUCGUCCUGCGUGGAGACAAUUGUACCGGAAACGGGGACUUUUCACACGCAAUCGAUUUGGUGAAAUUUAUAAAAAAAAAUUAUGAGAAUAAAUUCGUCAUUUGUGUGGCCGGGUAUCCGGAGAUGCACCCGCAAUCCGAGUCGAAAGAAAUGGAUCUCGUGCACCUGAAAAAAAAGACUCGGACCAAUUUUGAUGAUUUUUUCUUCAAGGUCGACGCAGGUGCGAGUUUCAUAAUAACUCAAAUAUUUCUGGAGUCGAAAGUAUUCGUGAAUUUUGUCGAAGAUUGCAGAAAAUUCGGCAUCAAUGUUCCCAUAAUACCAGGUAUAUUUGCCAUAACGAAUUCAAAGUGCAUCACGGGCUUAGCGAAAUCCUGCAACUUGAAAAUUCCUCAAAGCGUGAUCGAAGACAUAAAGUCGAUGAAAGAUAACGAAGAGGGCAUUUACGAGUACGGUAUCGAACUGGCUGCACAAUUGAUAACCGACAUUUUUCGAAGUCAAGCUGCAAAUGGAUUUCAUUUGUUCACCUUGAACCGAGCCUCCGUUGCGUGGGAUGUGUGCAAAAGAAUUUGGAACGAUGGAAAAGACGGGGACAAAUGAAAUUGCUUCUCUUUAUUUGUUGUGUAUUUUAAAAUUGAAACACCACUUUGAAAUUGCGAAAUUUAUCUUUAUUGUGAGAAAAACAUAUUUUAAAUAAACUAUUUUCAUAUCA